AUGGCGCCUGGGUUCUCGGUAAAUCGCCCCGCGUCUGUGAGAGACAAAGCGUUUCCCCGAGCGACGCGUCCGCGUUCAACUGUCUCGGGAGACGGCGCUGUCACCGCGCAGAUCUGCUCUUCGGCUGGUCCCUGUCGACUGUGCUGCAUCGGCCUCGCCUCGCUGCUCACCUGCCUCUGUCUCUUCUUUUUCCCGUCUCUGCUGCGCACGCCCUUCUCGUUGUGGCCUUCCUCUGCUCCGCCUGCGCUGCGCGACGACGCUGCGUCAACUUCCGCUUCUCCGGCGCUUCUCGCCGCGCCUUCCUCCCGGCCUUCCUCGCCGCCCGCCUCGCGCGCGCCGCGCGAACUCGGCGCCUGGGGCGCCGCUCCGCGCUUCUUCUCCUUCGCGCCUGCCUCGCUGCAGACCUUUGAACACGACGCGGCGGCUGCAGCCUCGCCAGUGGACGCGUCUCGAGCGGUUCGCCUGCCGCCGUUCACGCAGGCGCUGCUUCCGUCGCCGUUCCAGCCCUCGCGCAAGGAUCUCCUCGCGCGCCUGCGCACCUCGCCCUCUCGCCUCUCUGCACAGGCACAGGCAUGCCACGAAGCCUUCGACGGCGCCUCGGUCCUCGUCGAGACUUCCGGCCUCUACGAGGUGUCGUAUAUGCGCGAAUUCGACUUCUGCACGGGGAAAACCCUCCGGAAACUGUACCUUCAUCCGUCGCUCUUCGCCGAAGGCGUCGCGUUCCUCUGGGACGCCGAGAAUGGGAGACUCGUCCUCCUCCUGCUGACGUGGCUCGAGAAUCGCCUGAUCGCCCUCGACGCAGCCUCCUGGAAAGAAAUUGCGCAGCUUCAAGUCCAGUUCGAAGGCUGGGGCCUCGCCUCCUCGCUCUCAUCCCACGACGCUGCCCUAGCCGUCGCAAACCUCUCUUCUCGCUCUUCUCCUCCCUCUUCGUCCUUGGCUUCGGAUUCGUUGUCGGCUGAGGAGCUCCAGCGGCUGCAAGCCCAGGUGGCGAACCAAAGACUUUGGGCCACGACUGGAAGCGACGUGCUGCUCGAGUUGGACGUCUCCAGUCUGCUUGCUUCCAUGCGCCGCAGCGAAGCUGCCUCGCGACGCCUCCAAAAAAACAGCACUCCCUCUCCCUCUUCUUCUCCCCCUUCCUCGUCUCCCCUUUCUUCUUCUCCCCCUUCCUCGUCUCCCCUUUCUUCUUCUCCCUCGUCUUCUCCCUCUUCGUUUGCGGGCGUUGUGAAUGUCGGGGAGUCGCAGGCGGUGGACGGGACACCCCUGGAGCCUGCCGAGCCGGUUCCUUCCGAAGAGCCGCUGGCAAGUCGGCAAACGAAUUUGCUGGUGCGCCUCGGGUCCCUGCUUGUCGGCGGGGCGACCGUGGGAGUGGAAGACCUCAAGGAGAAGGCUGAAGAUCUGGAAAUGCUGAUCGAGACGGAGAAGAAGCGAUCACCAGCUGCCGUGGUCUCUGAGGUGCCCUACACCCCGCCGCACCAGCAUGCGUCUCCGGCGCUCACGGCCCCCGCGCUGCGCGCCGCCCGCGACUUGCCGCUUGUUCUUGUCAAGCGUCAGACCCCGAUUUCCUGUCUCGGUCGCCCGCUGCCGCGAGUGAACGAACUAGAGUAUCUCCCAGACACAGGCUCUCUAAUUGGCAACAUCUAUGGUGAAUCUGUCCUCGUGGAGAUCGAUGUCAACACCGGGAACUGCCGGUCUCUCGUCUCCUUCGGCGGCGCCGACGGCGUUACCAAGUCGUCGGACAGAUCCGUGAAGGUGAUGAACGGCGUCUCGCUUCUCCCACGGAGACAGUCGCCUUCUGCCAACCCGCCUGCGUCCUCGACGGCUCUCCCCACGUCGGCAGCCAGCGGGCACAGUUGGAGCAGACUCUCUUCUUCUCUCUCUUCUCUGUCUUCUCUCUCUUCUCUCUCGCUGAUUGUAACGGGCAAGCAGUGGCGCGAGUUGCAUGUGGCUGAGCUCGUGGAGCUUGUGCCGCCCAGAGCGCUGGUCAGCUACUCAGAAGUCCAUCGCGUUUUCCCCGGAUUCUUCAACCCCGCUGGCGUCGCAAGAACUUAG